AUGGCCGACCUCCACGGGAUCAUGGUGGCCCUGAUCACCCCCUUCACCGACGACCAGACGGCUAUCGACGCCCCGCGCCUCCAGGCCCUGAUCGACCGCCUCAUCAAAGCCGGCGUGCACGGCCUCGUUCCCGGCGGCAGCACCGGCGAAUUCACCGCCAUGACCAUUGCAGAACGCAAACAACUCACCGAGCUCGUCGUCAAGUACACCGACGGCCGCGUGCCCGUCAUCGCCGGCACGGGGGCCCUCACCACCCGGGAGACACUGGAGCUCUCCCUGCACGCCGCCGAGGCCGGCGCCUCAGCGCUGAUGGUGGUACCCCCCUUCUACGACGCAGUCACCCUAACCGAACUCAAGACCCUGAUGGCCGAGAUCACACAAGCGACGCAGCUGCCCAUCGUCUACUACAACAUCCCCUCCGCCACGGGGCUGAAACUGACGCCCGCGGAGCUGGCGAGUCUGUCGGAGGUGGGCGUGCGCUACCUCAAGGAUACGUCGGGCGACGCCCCCGCCCUGACGGAGAUGCUGUUCGGGCUGUCGGAUCAGAUCACCGCGUUCAACGGCUGGGACACGCUGACCUUCUACGGGUUGGCAGCGGGCGCGCGCGGCGGGGUCUGGGGUGCGGCCAACAUCAUCCCCGAGCUGGCGGUCGAGCUGUGGGAGGCGGUCGCCGUGCGCGGCGAUCUGGCCCGGGGCCGCGAGCUGUGGGCCAAGGCCUGGCCCAUCUGCAAGUUCCUCGAGUCCCAUAACUAUGCCGCCGCCGUCAAGACGGGGCUGGAGUUGACGGGGACCGCCACCGGUGGCGUGCGGAGGCCGUUUCACAUGCUGGGGACGGAGGCGCAGGAGGAGUUUAAGGUGUUGAUUCAGGGUGCUGGGGUGAAGACUGUUUAG